ACCCAUCACGUUGCAACUUUCAGAGGAACAUCCAAUGUCGCUGGCGGAGGAAAAUCAUCUGUCCAGCCGUGCUAUGCCGAGUUCGCCGGCGGAAGAAGAACACCCUUCGAGCCCUCCAUCGCCUGAGGCGGCUACACCAGAGAAAAUAGAUGACAUCGCUGAACUAAACAUUACAGAGGAUUUGGAUAACCGACCUUCAAAAAAAGCAAAAAAUGUCGAAUCAGGUGUUCUGGAGCCAUCACUAAUGUCGCCAACUAUAUCAGCAUCUACACCAAUUUCUGAAUGUUUUGAAUCCAUUGUGCUGGAAUCAGAUAAUCAGAUAGAUCAUGAUCAAUUGCCAUCUCCUCCAUCCCCAUCUAGCUCAACUCCUGUUUCAAAUAAAGAGAUCAAAGUUGAUGAGACAUAUGAUUAUCUCCCACAAGACUAUGCAUUGACCGACCAUGAUCUAUGUGCACAUAUAGCAAUAGAAUCAUCUUUACGUAAAGAAUUACUGGUUCAGAUAGAUGGAAGUUCUGUGAGACAAAAUCAAUUGAUGUGUCUGCUAGAUGAAAAAGAGUGGGUAAAUGAUGAUGUGAUCUAUGCAUAUAUAUAUAUAUAUAUAUAUAUGUUGUUUAAAGGACCAAAUUCAUGUACAGAAUGACAGUAAAGUAUAUUUUGAGAGUCCUUUUGUUACCUCACUAUUAAAACGGGAUGGUAACCUUGGCAUACAAGAAGAUAGUGCCUUUAUGACAAAGAUUGUCAAAAAAUAUAUGGAGCAUGACAUGAUAGAACUUCCAAUAAAUACCGGCAACACGCAUUGGUAUUUAGCUAUUGUGAAUACAAAAAAGCGUGAGAUCCAAGUACUGGACUCAUUGUGCUGGAAGUUUGAUCGAGAGGACCUUGCUAUUACGGAAAGUAUGGAUCCAAAGUUCAAAGCCAUAUCCAAUUAGCUUGUCUCUCAGAAAGCUACAAGGAAUGCUACAAGAUGAUUUACCCAUGGAUCGAGAUUGCUUUAAUUUGGUCGUACGGAAGAUUAUGUUUGAUGACAUCCAAACGGCACAAAAAACAAAACAAUUGAUAACAAAGCAUUAUGUUGACAUGAAA